AGUCGUGGCAUCCUCCCUCCAACCCGUGCUUUUAUUUAUGUGUAGCCGAUGCAGUAGGAAGAAACGCCAAAUAUCCGACAUGAAGAUCACGCCCAUGCCCAUCCGGCAUCAACAGCCAGAUAUCUGUCGCGCAUUGCGACUGAAUGACGGUUUGUGCAAAAAAGGUGGAUAAACAGAGGUUCACCAUGAACUUCACCUGGUCAUUCUACAAUUCCCCGCUUACGAGCCACUCAAGCAAACAGCAACACCCUCAUCAAUUGAUACCAACAACCACCGGAUAGUCGAUGUUCUCAACGCGGCUUCAGCCACAAGACUCAAUGGAAAAAGAGCUGAGCAAUUCCAGCGGUCUCACAUUGGGGGAGUCUCCGCUACACGCUUCCAGUCCUCGAUGCAGCCUCUUUCGACGCAGCAAACACUCGUCCGACAGCGUUUCAAGACGCUCAGUAACACCCGUCGACAGGAGACCCGCUCGCCACUUAACUGACAAAAGUUCAUCUUCCAGCAGUGGCUCACGGCGUCUGUCACUGCCCCACACCAUCACAGAGAGACACGGAGGCCAGGAACUCUGGGUCAAAGCACCUGUGGUCUCCGGGUCGCUCGAAAAGCGCGGCUUCCGCUGGCGUAAGAAGUGGAAAUUACGCUAUGUAGAGCUGGAUGGACGACAGCUCGCCUACUAUGAGGACUCAGGGGCUUUCAGCGCCACAACGGCUACUGCUAGUGGCACCAGGAGGAACAGCAAGCCCAAGAGAAAGGUGAUGCUCACAGCCGACGCAGAAUUAGAGGAUGUAGACGAAACUACACUGAGUAUUAAGCCAGCGCUGGAAGAGAAACCCUGGAUGCUCAGAGCUAGAGACGCUGCCACUAAGCGGCGCUGGCUCGUGGCUUUGUCAGACUGUAUUGACAUUCUAGUAUGGCUACGACACUAUAAACUUGGAGCAGUGCUGGGCGUUGGAGGCAACGGCGUCGUACAGAAACUGGAGGACGAACGCGAUGGUACAGUGUACGCAGUCAAAGUGCUGGAUGUAGCCAAGUUCCGAAAUCGCGAGCAAGUGGUAGCAGAAGUUGAGAUCCUACGCAACAUCACGAACAACAUCAAGCACCCGAAUCUCAUCAAGAUCCACAAGGUUUAUGAAGAACAUCAGAAGGUUUAUAUCAUUCAAGAAAUGUGUACGGGCGGCGAACUGUACGACCGGAUCGUACAGCGUGGUAAGUACUCAGAAACCGACGCUGCCGACAUCAUGCGGCAACUGGUAUCAGCUUUACAAGCUCUGCACGCACACAACAUUCUUCAUCUGGACAUUAAACCAGAGAACAUUUUGUUCUCGUCUGAAGAUCCAGACUCCAAGAUCUUACUCACUGACUUUGGACUAGCGCGGAUGAUCAACGGCAAGCAGAACCCGCUGGAUCAAGGCAAAACCAUGGCUGGAACAAUCGGAUACAUGGCUCCUGAGGUCAUCUCGUCUCACGUGUACAGUGAGGCUGCUGACGUGUUUAGUGCCGGCGUUAUUCUCUUCAUCUUACUGGUGGGGUAUCCGCCGUUCUUCGGCGACUCUGAGGUGGAGGUACUACUCAAAAUCGCCCGAGGAGAUUUCACGUUUGACCCGCGAGAUUGGGCUCACGUAUCUGGGUCGGCGAAGGAGCUAGUGGCGCGCAUGCUUGAAGUGCGUGUACAGGAUCGGAUCACAAUAGACGAAGUGUUAACGCACCCGUGGAUCACACGAGACGUUGGCAACCGGGAUGACAGCGCGGAAGACAGAGAUCUCAGUGCCAGUAUGAUGUCGAAGCUGCAACGGUUCAAUAUCGACCGCAAGUCUCAGAAUAUGGGCUCCUUUAUGGCUUCACUGCUUCUCGACGACAACGAGGCCGAUUUCCAAGCGCUUGUGGACGAAAAGACCGUCGAGAUGAUGAUCAGACAGCUGUGUGUCGAAGGCCACAGCCGUAUUCCGCUGGAUGGAGCACACGUGAUAGCUAAGGGACUUGGUCUGUCGCCCUACAUCGACGAGAAAUCCUUCGUGCAGUUCCUGGAUCAAGACCGCGAUGGCUUCAUCAGUGCUAGCGACUUCUGUGCGGGUGUUCGUGCUCUACGGAACCACCACCAGUCCUUCGCAGCGAUGGUUUUUUCGGCAAUGCAGAAAAUGCAUGAAGAGAAGAGUGACCCAUAUGAAAUUACUGAGAAGGCUGUACUUACGCGUGAACAUUUUUCAGUGGCAUUCACAUUACUGGAAUGCCCGGAGCCACUCGUUGAGGUAUUUUUCAAGUACAUCGACGACGAGGAAGAGAAGCAGCAAGACAAGUGGUCGGUGAACGAAGCCGAAUUCGCGAUACUGUUUACACAGUUCUCUUUUCUCGGUAUGUUGUUCCUGCGCACGGCAAAAGACAACGUGAUGUCUAUGGUGAAGUCUCAUAGCGUUGACGGCAUGCCACGCAUCUCCGAGAGCUCAUUCUCCUCUGCUUAGGUAUUAGUAACAAAACUUUAUAGACUUAACGUAUUCACUCAAAACUUGGCGUACGAAGCGCCAACU